CCUGGAAGUUGCGGGAGCGCGAGGAGCCGUCGCGGGCUGCGCGCCCUCGGCCGGACGGGCCCGGCUCCCGCGCACAGCGCACCCGGUGCCCAUGGCCCUGAGCAAAGGGCUGCGGCUGCUGGCGCGGCUGGAGGCCACGGGCGAGAGCAGCGUGCUGCUGGAGGCGCGCGGCCGCGGCGACUGCCUGCUCUUCGAGGCCGGCACGGUGGCCACGCUGGCUCCGGAGGAGAAGGAAGUCAUUAAAGGACAGUAUGGCAAGCUCACGGACGCGUACGGCUGCCUGGGGGAGCUCAGGGUGAAAUCUGGUGGCGCUUCCCUGAGCUUCCUGGUGUUGGUGACAGGCUGCACGUCGGUGGGCAGAAUUCCAGAUGCAGAAAUCUUCAAAAUCACGGCCACGGAUUUUUACCCUCUCCAGGAGGAGGCCAAGGAGGAGGACCGGCUGCUGGCCUUGAGGAAGAUCCUCAGCUCGGGCGUGUUCUACUUCGCCUGGCCCAACGACGGCUCCCGCUUUGACCUGACUGUGCGGGCACAGAAGCAGGGUGACGACAGUUCUGAGUGGGGGAGCUCCUUCUUCUGGAACCAACUAUUGCACGUGCCCCUGAGGCAGCACCAGGUGAGCUGCUGUGACUGGCUCCUGAAGGUCAUCUGUGGGGUGGUGGCCAUCCGCACAGUGUACGCGUCACACAAGCAGGCCAAGGCCUGCCUCAUCUCCCGCAUCAGCUGUGAGCGUGCCGGCGCUCGCUUCCACACUCGAGGCGUGAACGACGAUGGCCACGUGUCCAACUUCGUGGAGACAGAGCAGACGAUUUACAUGGAUGAUGGAGUGUCGUCCUUUGUCCAGAUCAGAGGCUCGGUUCCACUGUUUUGGGAGCAGCCAGGGCUCCAGGUGGGCUCCCACCAUCUGAGGCUCCGCAGAGGCCUGGAAGCCAACGCCCCUGCUUUCGACAGGCACAUGGUACUUCUGAAGGAGCAGUAUGGGAAGCAGGUGGUCGUGAACCUGCUGGGGAGUAGAGGCGGAGAGGAGGUGCUCAACAGGGCCUUUAAGAAGUUGCUCUGGGCCUCUUGCCAUGCUGGCGACACGCCUAUGAUCAAUUUUGACUUCCAUCAGUUUGCCAAAGGCGGGAAGCUAGAGAAAUUGGAGAACCUGUUGAGGCCUCAGUUAAAGCUACAUUGGGAUGACUUUGAUGUGUUCACCAAGGGCGAGAAUGUAAGUCCACGUUUUCAGAAAGGCACUUUGCGGAUGAACUGUCUUGACUGCCUGGACCGAACCAACACCGUGCAGAGCUUCAUCGCACUUGAGGUCCUUCAUCUGCAGCUCGAGAGCCUAGGGCUGAAUUCAAAACCCAUUGUUGACCGCUUUGUGGAGUCCUUUAAAGCCAUGUGGUCUCUGAAUGGGCACAGCCUGAGCAAGGUGUUCACGGGCAGUAGGGCCCUGGAAGGGAAGGCCAAGGUCGGGAAGCUGAAAGAUGGGGCCCGGUCUGUGUCUCGCACCAUCCAGUCCAACUUUUUUGAUGGGGUGAAGCAGGAGGCCAUCAAGCUGCUGCUAGUUGGAGAUGUCUACAAUGAGGAGUCAACAGACAAAGGAAGGAUGCUCCUGGACAACGCGGCCCUCCUGGUGACCCCCAGGAUCCUAAGAGCUAUGACAGAACGUCAGUCAGAAUUCACCAACUUCAAGCGGAUCCAAGUCGCCGUGGGGACCUGGAACGUGAAUGGAGGGAAGCAGUUUCGCAGCAACCUCCUGGGGACAGCAGAGCUCACAGACUGGCUGCUGGACGCGCCCCAGCUCUCCGGGGCUGCCGACAUCCAGGAUGACAGCAGCCCUACUGACGUGUAUGCCGUGGGGUUUGAAGAGAUGGUGGAGCUGAGUGCAGGGAAUAUUGUCAAUGCCAGUACCACCAACAGGAAGAUGUGGGGCGAGCAGCUGCAGAAAGCCAUCUCACGCUCGCAUAGGUACAUUCUCUUGACCUCGGCACAGCUAGUGGGCGUCUGUCUGUAUAUCUUUGUACGUCCGUACCAUGUUCCGUUCAUCAGGGACGUGGCCAUCGACACGGUGAAGACUGGCAUGGGGGGAAAGGCAGGGAACAAGGGUGCCGUGGGCAUCCGCUUCCAGUUCCACAGCACCAGCUUCUGCUUCAUCUGCAGCCACUUGACAGCUGGGCAGUCACAGGUGAAGGAGAGGAACGAGGACUACAGGGAGAUCACCCACAAACUCUCCUUCCCUGCGGGGAGAAAUGUUUUUUCUCACGAUUAUGUGUUUUGGUGUGGCGAUUUCAACUACCGGAUUGAUCUCACUUAUGAAGAAGUCUUCUAUUUUGUUAAACGCCAAGACUGGAAGAAACUUCUGGAAUUUGAUCAGCUACACCUGCAGAAAUCAAGUGGAAAAAUUUUUAAAGACUUCCACGAAGGAGCAAUUAACUUUGGACCCACCUAUAAGUACGAUGUGGGCUCUGCUGCCUAUGAUACCAGUGACAAAUGCCGCACCCCGGCCUGGACAGACAGGGUACUGUGGUGGAGGAAGAAGCGUCCUUUUGAUAAAACAGCUGGAGAACUCAAUCUUCUAGACAAUGAUCUAGAUGGAGACACCAAAGUCAGACACACCUGGUCUCCCGGGACCCUCAGGUACUAUGGCCGAGCUGAGCUACAAGCAUCUGAUCACAGACCCGUGCUGGCCAUCGUGGAGGUGGAAGUACAAGAAGUCGACGUGGGUGCUCGGGAGAGGGUUUUCCAGGAAGUGUCCUCUUUCCAGGGCCCCCUGGACGCCACCGUUGUUGUAAACCUUCAGUCGCCAACCCUAGAAGAGAAAAGCGAGUUUCCCGAGGACCUGCGGGCUGAACUCAUGCAGACCUUGGGGAACUUUGGGACAAUUGUGCUCGUCAGGAUCAACCAAGGACAGAUGCUGGUGACAUUUGCAGACAGUCACUCAGCCCUCAGCGUCCUGGAUGUGGAUGGCAUGAAGGUGAAAGGCAGAGCGGUGAAGAUUAGACCGAAGACAAAGGACUGGCUGAAAGGUUUGCGAGAGGAGCUCAUUCGAAAACGGGACAGCAUGGCUCCUGUGUCCCCCACUGCCAAUUCCUGUUUGCUGGAGGAAAACUUCGACUUCACGAGCCUAGACUAUGAAUCAGAAGGGGAUGUUCUCGAAGAUGAUGAAGACUAUUUGGUGGAUGAGCUCGUACAGCCUGUGGUCUCAGACAGUGAGCUGGGGGGAGACGACCCUCCUGAUGCCCCCAGCACUACAGCGGUGGCACCUGCCAGCAAGUCUCCAGCACUAACCAAAAAGCAGCACCCGACGUACAAAGACGAUGCUGACCUGGUGGAGUUAGAGCAGGAGCUGGGAGCCAUCGGAGAUUUCCGCCACCGUUCUCCAAGCAGGUCUCUGUCAGUUCCCAGUAGGCCUCGGCCACCUCACCCACCACAGAGACCCCCCCCUCCAACUGGUUUAAUGGUGAAAAAGUCAGCUUCAGAUGCAUCCAUCUCCUCCGGCACCCAUGGGCAGUAUUCAAUCUUGCCGACAGCAAAACUUUUGCCUGGAGCACCUCGGCAACCCCCCAAAGCUAGGACUGGAAUAAGUAAACCUUACAAUGUCAAGCAGAUCAAAACCACCAAUGCGCAGGAGGCAGAAGCAGCAAUCCGAUGUCUCCUGGAAGCCAGAGGAGGCGUCCCAGAAGAAGCCUUCAAUGCCAUGGCCCUGAGAGACCAAGGAUCCUCCAAACUAGAGCCCAGCCCUGGGGAGGCCAGACCUGAGCCCUCCCAGGUGCCCCCACUCCUGCCCCGGCGGCCUGCACCCAGGGUUCCUGCCAUCAAGAAGCCAACCUUGAGGAGGACGGGAAAGCCCAUGUCACCAGAAGAACAGUUUGAGCAACAGCCUGUCCAUUUUAUAGUCGGAGACCCAGAGACAAGCCUUGAAGCCCCUCUUCCGGCUACAGCCCCUCGAGUCCCUCCUGUUCCCAAGCCAAGAACAUUUCAGCCCAGUAAAGGUGACGAGAGGAGGCCCAGCAGUGGAAAGCCAGUGCCAGAUGAAGCCCCUCUUAUGGCAGGAGCCACCAUGCCACCUGCUCCAGAGGCUCCAUCUCUGGUGCCCAGGGUGCCCCCAAGGAGGAAGAAGUCUGCACCAGCAGCCUUCCACCUGCAAGUUCUGCAGAGCAACAGCCAGCUCCUCCAAGACCUCACCUGCAGCAGCAGCAAUGGCAGCAGUAGCAGCAGCAGCAGCUGUCUAUCCGGACACCAGCCCGACACUGAUAAUCUCUUUCCACAAGUGGGUUUUCUUGGCACUACAUCUGCCACAAGCCUAGAAACUGAUAGCUCCAGAGUAAUGAAGCCAGAAGCAGCCUCCCUUCUUGGUGAUUAUCCGGAUCCCUUCUGGAACCUUCUCCACUACCCUAAGCUGUUGAAUAAUGCCUGGCUUUCCAAGAGCUCUGAUCCUUUGAAUGCAGGGGCCAGGAGCCCUGAGAAGGCACCCAGAGACCCAGCACAGGUCAGCGCUUCAGAAGCUGCUGAGGGCAAGAUGCCAUUAGACCAUGGGGGAGAAACCUUUGGUCACUGGGUGACCAUCAGUGACAAAGACAAGAGGACGACACUGCAGGUGUUUGACCCACUGGCAAAAACAUGACAGACAACUCUGAAGGCACUCCUUCGCAGAAUGGAGCCCUUCUUCCCCAUAGGCAAGGCUUGAGCAGGGCAAAGCAGACAUCUAUUUAAAGGCACACUGAAAAGAACAUUAGUGCAUCUGUCACUCUUGUGUAGUUUACGACAACUCUUUUUUCAAUAAGAUUGUUCAGCUAUGAAUAUGGUUUAUUCAAGAUUUGUGCAUUUUAAAUUUGC